AAGAUGCAGGUUUCAUUGCUCCAUCGAUGCACCAAGAUGGUGUUGCUGAAGAAGCAGGUGAGACGCAAGGGCUGGCACCUGAGGAGCUACAGACACCAGGCCUAUCGGCGGCUGCGCAUGAUGAGCCAGAUCCGCGAUGAGCUGCUCCGUAAGGUGCGCAAAGCAAUAGAGGCCAGGCAGAGAGAUAUGGAACAGGUGAAAAGGGAUCAGGCAAGGCAUGAGGUCGCCAGAACGGUAGCCACAUACACGAGAUGGCUGCACAGUUGGUCCAAGUCGCUGUUGUCGCAACGCCGGCUGAUCGUGCAGCAGAGGCAGGAGGAACGCAAGUUGGAUCGCCGGCUGCGUCUGCUGCGCAAACAGCUGGGGAGGCAUCGCAGACCGCAGCGACUUCUGGAGAGGUGUCUGCUUAAGCUGCGAAAGGGUCUUGAGAGGACCUCGAUCCUCCACCCAACCAUAGAGGGUCAGGCGGACCUCUGGGAACAGGAGGUCGAGGAGGUUAGGCGGUAUUUGUCGGCGCCUUACGACAGUCGAAAGAAGUCGCGAAAACCACGUCAUGGCAUCCUUGGUGGGUUCACUGAUUUUUGGAAUAUGGAAGUGCUCCGCAAGAAGCGUCCCCGAACAGACUAUGUGACAGCCGUGACCCAGAAUCCCUCUGGUCAGUUAUACGUCGUGCCAGCGAUGCCUGCCAGGCCAUCGAAGCCAUGGAAGCCAAAGAAGAAAAAACAUGCUGACCUUGACCCCGAUACCGAUUAUGUAAAUUUGAUUGAGCUGCCCGGCGAGUACAAGAGCAAAAGGUUAAAGAAGAAACUCAAGAUGUUGAAACGCAGUGAUACCAGUGAUACUCGUCUUCCGAAGCCAACAAUCGAUGAGCUGUGGCAGAUGUAUGCGGACCUGGUGGAGGUUGAGGCAGGACGACAAUCGAAGGCGAAAAAAGCACAAAGAAAAAGGAGGCGCAAGUGUUCAAGAACUCCACGCCAAAUGAAUCUGAAGAAAUUACUAGAUCUGGAUAGGCCCGCUGAUGUCAACGUAGUGCUGAAAAGAAAAGUAGCUGGAAAAAAGUCGGGAUCUGGAAAACAUGAACCGAUGGAAAGCGGCCUACUAGAAGAGACUAACGUAAAACCAAGGCCAGAGAAAAAGCAGAGUCUGCUAAAGAGAAAACGUAAAAUGAGUGGCUUGCGGCAGAAAACUGAAACACUUUCUGAUAUAGGCCCUAAUCUAAAAAAAGUAAGAAAACACCAAAAGAAAGGUCGAUCAGUUUCAGAUGGACUGGACAGCCAUACAUCCGACAUAAAUGAGAAAGACAAAUCGUCUGCGAAGAAGAAAAAAACUGAGAAAGGAAAAGAUCAGAUUAAACCUCCUAUUGAAACCGAGAAUGAACAAGACCGCAUUGCAUCCAAAAGAGACGGGAAAGACGCCAUUCGCGGUGAGAAUACAUCCCAAAUAUCUCCUUUAGAAACUGAGAUCACAUUGGAGAAUACGGAAGGCGAGAUUUCUUUGCAAAAUAAUGUGAACUUAUUCAAGAAGGACAAGCAAGCCAAGUAUUCUAUGGAUACUGACACAAAAGCUUUGGUAAAACUGUCCAAGAAACAGAGAGGCGUUCGAAAAUCUGGUAAGCCUGGUUCCAAGCAGAAAGUAACUAAAGUGGAAGAGUUAACGCCGGGCAAGAGGAGAUUACUGAGCACUGAAGAGUCCGAUCCAGCAGAUGGCCAAAAGCUCGAUCCACCAUAUUUCGAUGAGGACAGCGACUUGGGGUCUGAUGCAAAGAACUCAGAAAAUAAUGUGAAUAUGGUCAGGAUGGACAUGCAAGCCAAGUAUUCUAUGGAUACUAAACCAAAAACAUUGGUAAAAUUGUCCAAGAAGCAGAAAGGCUCUCGAAAAUCAGGUUCCAAGCCAAAAGAAACUAAAGCGGAAGACGUAAUGCUGGGUAAAUGGAGAUUUCAAAGACCCAUAGAAUCCGCUCCAGCAGAUGGCCACAAGGUAGAUCCACCAUAUUUCGAAGAGGACCACGAUGUUAAGACAAGACCAAGCUUCCAUUUGAGGGACUUGAGGUCUGAUCCAAAGUACUCGGUAGUGCAGCGCCUUCUGAAGAACGUUAUAGAGAGUAAUAGUGUCCUAGAGGGCACGGGCGAUAUUCGUGCUCUUAUGACAGUUGUUGGAAAGCAUAAUAUGUGGGAUAAGCUGGCAGGUCUGUACUCUGAACUGCAGACAACGGGAAUCGCCAAGUCAGAUAUUGUGUCGCUCCUCUCCAAGAAGUAUCUGGACUACCUCAGGGGCGUUGAAAAGGAGUAUUUGAAAAAUCCAACGCUGAGAGGAAAGUCUUUGACCGAAUCCAAGUUCAAAAUCAAAACCAUUGAUGUGCCUUCCGAAAUAAUCGACAACAUCGGAUGGCUCAAUGAGAGCAUGAGAGGUGAACACGAACAUUCCUCAAACUUCACUUCUCACGAUCCUUCGAACGACAUGCUACAGGAUAUGGGCAAUUCGUCUGAGAUAAUGGACAGUGAUGUGAUCAAGAAACUAAUCGAUCAAGAAAAGCAAAUGGAACGCGAGCUGCGCGAUGAGCGGCGAAGAAAGCUCAAUUCCGCCUCCUCUGGUCGAUUUCCCUCUACGUCAAGCAUGUCUGAAAUUUUGGAAAUCGAUCCGAAGGAAGAGAAGAACCUGCUGAACUUCGAAAUGCGGUACUCCUUGAAGAGCAUACGAAAUAUGAUGGAACAGUAUACGCAAUACUUUAAGUCUUUGGCCAAGAGUCCGGUUAUCAUGGCCCUCGAGAAGGAGAGGAGGCUCAUUGAAGCCAAUCUGGAGACCUUGCGGGACCAAAGUUUGGCCACAAGCCCAAAUACCACUAUGGCCAGACGAAGGCCCUACAUUCCAAAAGAGAAAAAACUUCGCCCCGCCCAAAAAUUGUUCUAUUCGCCGCGUCAGACGUGCCGCGUGAAGAACCUCAAUGACGACCCAGAUGACUGGGAGUGCUGUUCAGUGUGUUCCCAUGAUUCUUUAGUGGAAGAAAGGCCUCGUGUCUACGAAAAGUGCCCGCGAUGCGGAGUCAAGGUCGAGCUACCCGCGCCCACUCCCCAAGAAAGUCUUCGAUCCCUGUCCCAGGGCUCCAUUGAGGCCUGCGCCAAAAACAAAUUGCUGCUCAGCACUGUUGCAGAUAUUUGCACCCACUGCGGAUAUAUACACGAAAAGGGACAGUCUUGCCCACAGCUGCCCAUCUGUCCAGUGCCGCUGCAGCAUCUGCGGCGUGUUGAGGAGGCAGUUCAAGCCCAGAUCCCGAUGCAGCCCCCCGGGAAGAAGCCAGGAGUACUCUUGUGUUGCUCCCCCUGCGGAAUCCUCAGGAAGCCCACAAGAUACGCUGAUCGGUAGAUGGCAGAGUCAAUAUGGUCUGCUCUGCGGAUGUGGUAUCCUAAUCGCUCUGGAACGCAGAAACUGUUGGCUUGGACUGCAUACACCGCCUGCAGUAUGUCGAGUGGAUAAUACUCGCAUCAAAGAGGUACAAAUCAGUUGGCUUAGGCGAAGGAAACAUUUUGUUUAAGUGCUAAAUAAA